AAUUGUUCUCUCAUAACCCUAAAAGUCCGGUGUGAGUGUGUGUAUGGGAUAGGAGUGUAAUUGUUUAAUUUAUUUUACUAUUUGAAACUAAUACCAAUUGUUACUUAAUCGUCAUGUCUUCUAUUUUACGCUCUUCUAAAUUUGUUCGAUAUUUUGUUGGUCUUGCCAGAAAUAUUGUAAUUUCACACCGGCAAGAUGCAGACGGAAGCCUUUUGCAAAGAAGCCAACAUUUGUCUGGAUUAUUUUCCAGCAGUUUUUCCUCCACUCCAAGUUUUAGUAGAGGAUCUUCAUUAGAUCAUACAAUCAGACGUUUGGAUGAGGAUGCUCGACGAACUGGUAGAAUAUCCAUGAAAGAAGUUGAAGAAGCCUUAAAUGAAAUCCGUCACUUGAAGAAAGCAACAACAUCACAAUCUCUCAUGGUGAUAAGAUGUUGUGGAAACUUGGUACCAGAGGAGGCUCCAGAGCACCGUACCAAACUUGUUGACGAAAUUUGGAAUACCCUAGAAAAACUUGGUGUUCCUCUGGAUAUAAGCCACUACAAUGCCUUGCUCAAAGUCUACCUGGAGAACGAACACAAGUUCUCACCCACCGAUUUCCUCACCAGGCUGGAGAGACAAGGUGUUGAACCCAAUAGAGUCACUUACCAACGGCUGAUAGCAGGAUAUUGUCAGAAUGGAGACAUUGCAGGAGCAACGAAGAUUCUGGAGUACAUGAAGGAGAAGCAGCUGCCUGUCAGCGAGGGCGUUUUCAAUGCUCUUAUACUUGGGCACUCCUUAGCAGAUGAUAUGGAGAGUGCGGAAGGUAUGUUAACCGUAAUGAGUCAGGCAAACCUGGAGCCGAGCAGUGAGACCUACGCAACUUUGUUGUGUGGCUAUGCAAGAAGAGGUGAUGAAGCGGCUAUAGACAGACUGAUAACGGACUGUAAAGUAAAGGAUGUGCUGCUAUCUGACAGGGACUAUUUGGAGGUGGUGUACACAGCUGCUAUCAGUGGUCACGAGGAGCUUGUGGACAAGAUCUUGAAGAACAUCAGGAAUAUGACUGGGUACAAUCAAGAUGCUGCCAACGUACUAUUGCGGUUGGUUACCAAAGGCAAGGAUGAGGCUGCGUACAAAGUCUUCCUGACCAUGCAGCCGCCUAUACGCACUGACCAGACACCUAACAUGAGUGGUCAUGUCAUCAUCAAGCAGCUGGUCAAGACUAACAGGCCAGUAGAGCAAAUCAUCUCUAUGAGUGAGAGACUGGAGAAGGAUGGACACACAAAGUAUGGUCUAUGGCUGGCAGUGGAGACAAGCUUUCAUCAUGGCAAUAUCGAUUUAACGUUGGACCUCCUCAGGGUACUGAAACAGAAGGGCGAACCCAUCAGGAACCACUAUUUCUGGCCGAGCAUGGUCACUGCAGGGAGGUCAGGAAAACGUGACAGUGUACUCAACAUCAUGCGACUAAUGGUCAAUGAGUUCGACUUGGCUGUGAGUUUUGAAACGCUGAAGGACUACUGCCUGCCGUAUUUGGAGUUCCAGACUCCCCAGCAAGCACUGAAGGCGAUGGUAGAAGCAGGUUCCAGGUUGGGACAGGCGGUGUCGGCACUGAUUGCUCAUCUAGUCUCCCAGAAUCGCCUCAAGGAAGCUGUGGACGUUGCUCUGUUGAACCCUCGAUUGACAUUAAAAUCUGCCUUCUUGAGUCGUCUGCUGGUAGAAUCAUUGCAGCAAGGUGGAGAUGUGAAGUCUGCGGUGACACUGGUGCAUGUGCUUACCAGUGGUGGAACAGCAGGAGCUGCAGGGGAGGGUGAGAGGGAGGAAGAUGACGAGGCUGUACUGACUGACGAAAUCCCCAGUCGCUUUCUCAUCAAUGUAGCCAGCUCUGGACAGACUAGGAGCAGGAUUGCUUCAGUACUCAAGGAAAUGGUGCAGCAAGGACUGGGCAUCAGUAACAGCUGUGCAGAGCUGGUCGAAAGUCGCCUGACAGGUGAUCAGCUGACUACGGAGAUAUCAGAACUAUUAGCUAAACUAUCAGCUGGUGACCUGUCUCCCACUGAGCUUAAGAGAACUGCCAAGCUCUCUGGCCUAAACACAUUAAGAAGUCAGGAUGCUUCAUAUUUAUUACAUGUCAGAGAAAAAAUGAAGGCAAAUAACGAAACACAAGACAAGAUUCUUGGUAUUACUCGAAGCUUGUUUAACUUAUAUUGUGACCAAGGAGACCUUGAGAAUGCAUUAAAGAUCCAACAGGAGUGGGUUGAAGAGUAUAAACAAGAAUUGACAGUGGGGUGGUUGGCUCAGCUUUUGGAGUUGUACUGUACCAAAGAGGAUUUUGAAGGUGCCAAAAAUUGUGUGGAGAACAUCAAGAAGUCAAAAGAAGCGUUUGAACUAGAUGCUAGCAAAAUCAUGAAAGCUGUUAAGCUCUACAUCCAAACUAACCAUUUUGAUGAAGCUAUUGAAUUGCUAAAAAGUGUGAAACCCAGGGAAGAAAAAGGAUUCCAAUUGAGGUCUCUGGCAUGGCAGACUCUGCAAGCGGUGGCGGACACAACGAAGGAUCCUGAACAGGUGAAGAAACUGCUGACAACAUUGGUGGACCAGAAGUACAUUGAAGUCAAUAACGUCUAUCUUGGUCCUGUCAUCAAAGCUUACAUUCUAAGGGAGGAUCUGGAUGGAGCUAUGAAGGAGUUUGAACAUUGUGUGAAGACAUAUCGAGCGACCCCAUGGAAGAAUGAAAUAACCUUGCGGCUGAUCGAAAAAGAAGAUGCUGAGAAAUUGCAGACUGUGGUGGAUCUCAGUACUCAAGUACAUGGAGAAGUUAACAGUCUGCACGACCUUGUGCUGUCCUUCAUCGAAUGUGGCAGGAUCAGGCAGGCUCGCAAGAUACUGGAGACUCCAGGCAUGAUAUCUAGGCAUAACAGGAUCCACUAUGCAUGCGAACGCUACAAGAAUGAGGGUCUGUCUGCUCCUCUCGAGGGUCUGGUUGAGGCUACCAAGGACCUCCCACACAUCGAUCGAUCUGAAAUCUACUACAAUCUGUUAGAGACCUAUUGUCAGGGUAACAACGUUGACAAAGCACUUGGACUUUGGACUCAGAUGCAAGAUGAGGAUGUCCAUGUUACUGAUGAGUUCUUGAUCAAACUUGGCAGCUUCUUAAAGAGCAAAGGACUUCAGGUUCCUUUUGAGAUUCCAAAAUCAGGUGCUACUAAGAAGGAGGAUAAACCUAGUGAUGCAGAAGUUCGAAAACAGUCUCAGAACCAAUCCUUGGUUGCUGCAAUUAAUGCUAAAAAUGUGGAGGAAGCAUUAGUAAUCAAAGAAAAUUUGGAAAAGAGUGGGAAGGAGUUAUCAGGUCGAGAUGUUACGGGAUUGAUGGAUCUCUUAGUAACGAAGGCGAGGUACCGUGAGGCAACGAGCUUGCUAACCUCGCUCCCAGAGGAUAAGAUGCCCACCAUGCGCACUCUCAACUUCUUCGUCAGCAAGUUGGCUCAGUCAGGACAGCUGGAUUUGAUGAACCGGGUUGGAGAAUGUCUGUCUGAGGAACUUAAGAAGAUGACAUCCUAUAUCAACAGGCACAUGAACUGUGCUAUAGUGGCUGGUAAGGUCCAGGAGGAACUUGACAAGUUGGAGAAACAGAUUGACACUGCGUCAACUCCUGAUGAAGUCGAUGUUGUUGCGCAGACGUUCCCCAGCGGAGGCAUAUAUGGCGUGUUGGAAGCUUCACCAUCGUACCAUGAACAAGUGGUGAGGAUAGUGGAUAAGUAUCACAGCAAGGGCGUGUCACUGCCAGCCAAUGUUCUCUGCAUGCAUUACCUGGGUGAGGGCCAAGUCCAGCAAGCGCAGCAGGUGUACCAACACUACAAGCUGGCCAACAGCUCCCGCCUAAUGUUCCAGAACGUGAUGGGCAAGGCCAGGAGGUCUGCCAAUCCGGUUUUAUUGGAGGAACUCCUCUCACUGGUCCAAGGAGCUGCUUGCAUAACUCCAGUAAUGAAAGGCAUAAUCUGCAGUAACCUCCUCAACAUGUACCUAAAAUCAGGAGAUGUGGACAGAGCUUUGGCGAAGCUGGAUGAAGUGGUGAAGACAGUUCCUCUAGAAAACCUUUAUACCAAUGUAUUGAUUCAACUAAAGGAACAAGCAAAUGCUAAAAACCUUCCAUUUAAUUAUACCAUUCCACCAAAGAAAGUAAAAGAUUCUUCAAGUUCCUCGUCGUCUAGUGAUGCGGAGCCCCAGAAGUCAGUGGCAGCGAAACAUUAAAGUUUAUUUUAGUAAUUUGUUUGUAUCAGAUUGUUUCUCUGUAUAUCAAUAUAAGCUCCUUUGUGUUUGGUUUAGUGGACAUUUGCUGCAAAAUCAGAGUGGGCUUAGCGAAAAUUUGUAGAAUAUGACAAGUAAUAAUAGUGUAUUUCAAAAUGAAUAUGAUAAGAUGAUUAAAAUGUCACUCUUUAGAGAAUGUAAAUGUUUCUAAUGAAAUUCUCUUUAAACAAAUUAUGUAGUGUUCUUAAAAACUGUGCUCUUGAGUUAAGAAGGUAAAGUGAAUAAUAUAUUAUGUAUGUAUUUGUUGAUUGAGUAUUGUAUUUUGCAAAUGAUAAAACAAAAUAUACAAUGUAAUGUAAAGAUAAACAAAAUUAAUCUUAUCAAAAAUCAUCUCUAAAAUUAAUACAUCAAUUUGAAAUGCAAAUAAUACAGAGUAUAAAUUAAUAUCAUUGAAUAAGAAUUAUAAACGAUUAGCCAAUCAAAACAUAUUUUCAUAUUUAGUGAAAACAGUAUGAACUUUAUAUACAAAUAAAUUUAAAUGCAUUCAAUUGUUUAAAUUUAAAAUUUGAAUAUUCAAUUUCAACAUUUAAUAAUGUACAAUUAUAUAACUGUCAGAACUAAUUUACUCAUGUCAGUUUAACCAUUCACUUGACAUUAAAUGAGUGCUAUGUUAUUAUUAAUCUUACAGUAAUAAUCAAAGGUUCUUUUUUACUUAUCAAAAUUAAAAUUAUGAUAGAAUAACACAUUUAAUAUAAAUUGUGCUCUACAAGUAUGAUCACUUUUGUUUCGUGAUGAACUAAUUUGAUAAUUUUCCACGAUUUAAUGUAGUUUUCACAUAUUUCUGCUGUUCUUUCUGUUGAUGUUUGUCGUACUUCAUACUUGUAAAUAUUGAACUGUUUAAAAUUAUUUACUUUUUGUAUAUAUUUAGUUUAUGAAAUAGUAUUGUUAGUAAUAGUAUUAUUGUUAUUAUCAGUUAACAAUAAAGCUAUACAUUUUA